UUAACCCUAGAAAUCGCCUCCUCCUUUCUCUUUCUCUGUUGAGUUCUCGAAGCUUUCAUCAAUGGCUUCCGCAGAGGUUGAGUUCCGGUGCUUCGUCGGCGGCCUCGCCUGGGCCACCGACGACCAGUCCCUCGAGCGGGCCUUCAGCCAGUUCGGCGAGAUCCUCGAAUCGAAGGUCAUCAACGAUCGGGAGACGGGGAGGUCCCGCGGCUUCGGCUUCGUCACGUUCGGCAACGAGAAGGCGAUGAGGGACGCGAUCGACGGCAUGAACGGCCAGAACCUCGACGGGAGGAACAUCACCGUCAACGAGGCCCAGUCCCGCUCCGGCGGCGGAGGGGGCGGCGGCGGAUUCAGCCGCGGCGGAGGCGGCGGGUACGGGGGAGGCCGACGGGAAGGGGGCGGCGGGUACAACCGCGGGAGCGGCGGGUACGGCGGCGGCGGCGGGUACGGAGGUGGCCGGGAUCGCGGCUACGGCGACGGCGGCUACGGCGGCGGCGGAUCUAGGUACUCCAGGGGCGGCGGCGCCUCCGAGGGUAACUGGAGGAACUGAGUCCUCGUCGUCGGUGCUGCUUUUGGGUUUCUUUCGAAGUUCGCGUGAUGUGAUGUGAUGUGAUGUGAUGUGAAGGCCUAGCUGGGCCCUGGUGUCGUGGUCUCUGUUCUCUGGUGUUAUGGUUUCGUGUUCGGGUUCUCUACUUUUUUGAUCGAUGGUCACUCAAGUUACAUGUCCUUGAAUCAAAGGAAAAUGAAGUACAGAUCUUCGUUCUCAGCA